AGCGAGCUGCUAAAUAGCGAGCGAGCGAGCGGAGCCCAGCUGAGUCUCUGCCAGACAAAGAAACCCUGAACCAUGAAGGAGGAAACGUCUCCGCUGAGGACCUUCAUGCUGCUGCACACAGUGUGGGUGCUGCUGGUGGCGGGCGGGGGGGCUCUGCGUGUGGAGCUGAGCCCCAGGAGAGCGGUGUUCCCGCUGGGCGAGCGGCGGGAGCUGCGCUGCUCGGUGCGGGACUGUCCCGGCAGAGCCAGCAUCACCUGGACGCUGCUGGAGGACAAGCCGCUUUCCGCCCACAUCAACACCACCGCGCUGGAGUCACUGGUGACCUUCGACCCCGUGAUGCCGGAGCACGACGCCACGCUGGUCUGCAAGGUCACCUGCGGACAGGAGAACAAACAGAGCCGGGCCGUCAUCCAGGUUUACUCUUUCCCCACGGCCCCUGAGGUCCAGGGUCACCAGCAGCUGCAGGCGGGCCGGCAGCAGAGCCUGACCUGCCGGGUGGGGGGCGUUUACCCGUCUGAGCUGCUGAGCGUCUCCUGGCUGCGAGGGGGGGAGGUCCUCCGGAGCGACGCCGGGGAGCCAGGCUCCGCCUCCCUCCUGUCCAACUACACCUUCACCCCGAGCAGACAGGACACGGGGAGCGUCAUCACCUGCCGCGCCACGCUGGACCUGCCGGGGCUGCCCGCCGAGCUGAGGAGCAGGGAGACCGCCGUGAACCUGACGGUGCUCUACCCUCCUCAGGUCACCGCCGUGUCCGACUCGGUGGUCCUGAUGUCCGGCUCCCCGCUCGCUCUGACGUGUUCGGCUGAAGGAAGCCCGGAGCCGCGGCUCAGCUGGAGCUUCAGCGGCGGGGACGGCUCGCUGCGGCCGCUGGGCGUCGGCCCCGAGCUGAGGCUGCCCUCCGUGACGCUGUCGCACACCGGCCGCUACGUCUGCCAGGCCAGCAGCAUGCUGGGAAACCACACAGCUGCAGUGGAGGUCACCGUGCACGCUCCGCCCACCAACACCAGCAUCAGUGUGAGUCCAGGAGGGGAGGUGCUGGAGGGCCAGGAGGUGACGCUGUCCUGCCGUUCAGACGCAGCUCCGGCGGGGAGGCUGGUGCUGAGGAGGGUCCUGCAGGGCGAGGAGGUGGAGCUUCAGCGAGCCGACGCCUCCUCCUGCCUCUCCUUCAGCCUCUCCUCGGCCCGGCUGGAGCACGCCGGCCUCUACCGCUGUGAGGCGGCCAAUCAGCACGGCUCCCAGCUGGCCAGCACCCACAUCACCAUCACAGCUCACCCUCUGCAGGUGGAGGUGUCGCCCCAUCCCGCCGCAGCAGAGCGAGGCUCCAGCCUUGUCCUGACCUGCAGGGCCUCCGGCUGCCUGCGGCCCGUCCUCACCUGGAGGAGAGCGGACCGGCCAGCAGACCACCAGGAGGACCAGGAGGAACAGGAGGACCAGGAGGACGAGUCCCGUGUGUCCCGUCUGGUCCUGCGUCCCGUGCGGCUGCAGGACGAGGGGCAGCACGUCUGCGAGGCGCGGUGUGGCUCAGUCCUCAGGACCAACCACACCCGGGUCACAGUUUACUCUCUGCCAUCUGACCCGCUGGUGGAGACUCCCGGUCCCGUCCUGGCGGGACAGGAAGUUGUCCUCCGCUGCAGCAUUCUCAACGUCUAUCCAGCCAAUCAGCUGACGGUGCAGUGGCUGUCCGGGAACAGGACGCUGCGGUCGGACCCGGGCCCGUCCUCCGCCGGGCCGCACAACGUCACAUCGGAGCUGCGGCUCCGGGCCGAGCAGCACGAGGAGCUGAGCUGCCGGGCCGUCCUUAAGGCGGAGGGGGGCGGAGCCUGGAGGUGGAGGCAGGCGAGCGCCGCCCUGCAGAUCCACUACGCCCCGAGGAGAACGAGCAUCAGUGUGAGUCCAGGAGGGGAGGUGCUGGAGGGCCAGGAGGUGACGCUGUCCUGCUGCUCAGACGCAGCUCCGGCGGGGAGGCUGGUGCUGAGGAGGGUCCUGCAGGGCGAGGAGGCGGAGCUUCAGCGAGCCGACGCCUCCUCCUGCCUCUCCUUCAGCCUCUCCUCGGCCCGGCUGGAGCACGCCGGCCUCUACCGCUGUGAGGCGGCCAAUCAGCACGGCUCCCAGCUGGCCAGCACCCACAUCACCAUCACAGCUCCUCCCAGGAACACCACAGUCCUCAUCUUCCCCUCUGCGGUGGUCCAAGAGGGACAAAAUGUCACGAUUUUCUCCGAAGCGGUUAGCUUCCCCCGGUCUGUCAUGGUUCUGAAGAAGCUGACCAACGGGACGGAGCUGCACUCUGUGGACGGGACCUUCCAGCUGGUCAACGUGACGGCCAGCGACUCAGGCCUGUACCAGCUCAACGCCACCAACCAGCUGGGCUACCAGACCCAAACCUUCAGCAUCAGCGUCAUGGAGAGAAGCAGCGGCCUUCCUCCCAGCCUCGUCGUCAUCGUCCCCGUGGUCAGCGCCGCCACUGGGCUCACAGCUUCUGUCCUGCUGCUGGACUACCUGAGGAGAUCCAGGAGGAAGGGUUUCUACCAGCUGACCAAGUCUGCCCCUGCUUCAGCCUGAGCUACAUCCUCCCCUGUGGCCACUACAUCCUCCCCUGUGGCCACUACAUCCUCCCCUGUGGCCACUACAUCCUCCCAUGUGGCCACUACAUCCUCCCAUCCUCCCCUGUGGGUACUACGUGACGCAGCACUUGGCUCCGCCCCCUCCCCACACUCGUGAACAUGCAGCACAGACGGUGUUUUUCUGCUCCAGCAGUCGAGGCUGAAUCAGCAGCUUGUUAAAACGUGUGCGCUCUGUUUCCUGUCCCUUUGAGUGAACUGACCCUUUAGCUGCUGGGCUGCAGGGCGGCCUGCGGGGGGCG